AUGAGAAACUAUGUGCUGAGGCGGGAGAAGAGCUUCCUAUCACCACUAUCGGAGAAGCCUCUUGUCGAACUCCCUGAAAAACAUAGCCAUGAGCAUAUGCUGCAGUUUUCUGAGAGCGAGCGUAAGGCAUAUGAUCUGAUGUAUGAAGCGUCAAGGGCGAAGGUCAGAGAAAUGAUGACGGAAGAAGAGGUUGACGAGAGAUUUGGUGUUCGAACAAAGAAGAAGGUCAAUGCACCACUUACUAACAAAAAUGUUUUCCUUGGUGCUGCUGCUAAUUCGAAUCCGAAUUCUAAAUUUGGAAAAAUGGGUUGUAUGCUGGUAAUUCUGCUGCGUCUUCGUCAGGCCUGUAUUCAUUUCAGUUUAACUAAAAAUGCGGUGGAUAUGGAGGCUUUUCAAUCGAUCGAUUCUGAAAAUCCGCUUACUUCUGAAGAGCAAGAAAAUUUAGCAAAUUUAACGAUAGACAGUUAUUUGGACUCCAAGACGAUGGAUGAUAUUACGUAUAUUUUUAGGCGAAAAUUUGUAAGUGCCAAGAUUCAACUUGCUCUCGAUCUCCUUAAACAUAUUUUGGAAGACGGUGAAAAAUGUGUCAUUGUUUCACAGUGGACCUCCUUUUUGAAGAUCCUCGAGAAGCAUAUCAAAAAACGUUUCCCUGAUAUUGCCGACUGCUCAACGAUUAGCGGUGAAGUUCUUCCCUUGGAAAGACAAGAUCGUGUGAACAGUUUCAACGAAAAUGGCAGUGGAGUUAAUGUAAUGUUGAUUUCUAUCACAGCUGGUGGUGUGGGACUCAAUCUUACUGGUGGGAAUCAUUUGAUUCUAAUGGACCUCCACUGGAAUCCAGCACUGGAGCUACAAGCCCGUGAUCGCGUUCAUCGUAUGGGCCAGACAAAAGAAGUGCAUUUGCAUAAGAUAAUAAUGAAAGGUUCCAUCGAAGAGCGAGUGUUGGAAUUGCAGAUGAAGAAAAUGGAGCUGGCAAACAAUGUGCUGAAGGGAGCUGUUUCGAAAAAGAAUAUGAACCUCACCAUGGCGGACCUCAAAUUUUUAUUCGAUUUGGAUGGAAAGAAAUAA